CCUUCUUCUUCUUCUCCAGUGCUGGAAAAAAGCGAAUUCAAAGACGAAUCCCAAUUAUUCCGCUUUUAUGCCGAUGAAGAAAUGGAAGGGACCAGUUCCAAAAACAAACAGCUGCGCAACGACUUCAAACUUAUUGAAAACAUCUUGGCCAAGUCUUUGCUGAUCCACCCCCAGGAGGAGGAUUAUGGCUUUGAGAUCGAAGAGAAAAACAAAGCAAUCGUGGUGAAGGCCGUGCACAGAGGAUCCCAUGCGGAGAUGGCAGGCCUUCAAGUUGGCAGGAAGAUUUACACCAUUAAUGAAGACUUGGUGUUCCUGCGCCCCUUUCAGGAAGUAGAGACCAUGAUCAACCAAUCGUUCUGCAUACGAAGGUCACUGAGGUUGCUGGUUGCCACGAAGGCAAAAGAGAUUGUCAAAAUCCCAGACUGCCCGGGAGCCCUGUCCUUCAAGAUUGGUGGAGCAGCUCCUCCGCAUGUGCAUGCUGUAAGAAGAGGUUCAGAGGCAGCAGCAGCAGGCCUCCAGCCAGGCCAGUGCAUUCUGAAAGUGAACGGUAACAACGUCAACAAUGAGAGUUUCAAUGAAGUCCUGGAUCAUUUCUCAGCCUACCGGUCAAACCAGGAGCAGCAGGAGCUGGGGCUGACACAGUGGGUGUACAGGACGUUCGAAGAUGCAGAGGAGGAGAGAGCCUUGCGGUCCAGCAUGACAGAGGAUGAUGAUGAUAUCAAUGAUGUCAAACAGGGCGCAGACCCGCUGAAGAGUAUCAGUAAGUUAAUUAUCUCGGAUGAGACUCCGCUUGUCAGCCUGACAGUAGAUAAUGUCCACCUAGAGCACGGCGUGGUCUACGAGUACGUCAGCACUGCUGGCAUCAAGAGCCACGUCCUGGAGAAAAUGGUGGCGCCCAAGGGCUGCUUCAGCCUGACUGCAAAGAUUUUGAAGGCCUUUGCAAAAGACGACAGUCUCUUUGUGGAGAACUGCCGUCGCCUGACCUCCUUGAGAAGCACGCUGGUGUCCAUGCCUCAAUACGAGUUCAGGGAUAUCUGCGACACCAAGCUCGAGAGCAUCAGCAAGCGAAUCUCCAGCUACCAACAGUUUGCAGAGGAGCUGCAGGAUAGGGCUUGCCCCUCCUUCAAACAAGCGACGACAAAGCCUCACCCCCUUGGUAGUCUGGAUUUCUGCCCGACAAACUGCCACGUGAACCUCAUGCAGGUGUCCUACCCCAAAAGCAUGACAUCAGUAGGAAGGACCUUCAGUAUCCGAUUUGGGCGUAAAAAUUCAUUUUUUGGGUUGGAUCCAGACCAAGCUAACCUAAACCCGAUGUCGCACACCCAACACUGCAUCACCAGCAUGGCGGCCCCGUCGUGGAAGUGUCAGCCGCAGGAGAAUGGGCACCUGGAGCCCCACAGGGAGCAGGAGGGGAGCCUGCUGGACCUCAGCCACAAUGGGGGGGUGAACCUGGACGAGGGGGGGCUGAGCUUCCUCCUCAAGCAGGAGGACAUGGAGACGCAAGACGCCUACAUCCAGCUCUUCAACAGGAUGGACAUUGCCGUCAAGGAGAUGAAGCAAUAUGUGACUCAGAUAGAUGUGCUCCUCUCGUCUAUAACGGAGCCCAGCCAGUCUGAAGAGUGCGAGCCCCCUUCCUCAGAAGAGACCCCUCCCCAGUCGCUGGUGUCGGAGGAGGGUGACAUCGACAAGACGGAGCACUGUGGUAUCAAAAAGGUCUGCUUCAAAGUGUCGGAAGAUGACCAGGAAGACUCAGGACAUGACACCAUGAGUUACAGGGACUCCUAUAGGUGAGUGG